CACGAAACAAGUAUCUAUCUACCUAUUCAUUUCACGCCCCACCACCUCCACAAGAAGUUCUCCUUUUAGAGCCCCGGUGUACCAACACAAUUCUCGCUGUAGUAGUCGAGACUACCGCAGUAUGCUAUUCCUAAAUUUCUUCGUCAACGCUUGCUUGUUGUGGACGACUGGACUGCAGCUUCUUCUGUUGUCUUCCGGAAAGAUCUCGUCCGUCUCGGCCGAAGACGCCCCACCGCAACCGCUCCAGGAAGUCAAAUUUUACAAUCUUCCAUCGGUUGUCAAACUCAACGACAAAAACUUUGAGCACGAGACUCAAGCAUCCACGGGUGGCACCACCGGAUCCUGGUUGAUUUACUUCCACAAGUCCAGGGACGAUACCCUCAUCUACGGAGCCGUUCCGGACAACGACGUUUUGGCGGAACACCACAUUGUACUCGGAGCCGCCAACAUUAAAUAUAACGUGAACGUUUGGGAACGUAUGCGGGUUCGAGGCUUGCCGGCAUUCAUUUAUUUGCACAGGGGCAAGCUCUACCGGUAUCAGAAACCUGCCAUGGGCGGGUUUACGUGGAAAGGCUUGCUGCAGUUUUGUUUCGAAGACGUUCCCAAUAAUGUGUACGAGGGCGAACCGAUUCCAUCACCCAUGACGGCCUUUUCUCGUUUGAUGGAACUCGUCCGGUCGAUACAAAAGGAUGGCGGACGCUUCUUUGGUGGGAUCUUGCUAGUGUUUUCCAUUUUGGGAGCGGCUGCCUUGGCGGGACAAAAGAAGAAAGAAAAGAGCAAGACCGCUUGAACAUGCCUGUUAUAAUUGGAGUAUAGAUAAACGUGUCCGUAUGAAAAUGUAUACAGAGAUUUCACUUCUACCGUAAAC